GAAAAAUCAUUUUCUCCGACACAUGAAAGUCACAUGAUUUUUCAAGAUGGAGGAGGUGGAUAGAAUCAUUAUUUUUUCCAUUCGAGCAAUUGGCUGUGACAUUGAUGAAGAAAUAGUGAGUUUAAAAGAAUUUUCAACUGAGUUGAUUGUAUCAUCUGCUGUCCAGUGCAUCAAGACGAUUCUGAAGCAAGAUGUUGAUUUGCCGAAUACCCUCCCCGGUGGAAUGUCGGCCAGGUUCCGGAUGGGGACAGGACUUGCCAACUAUAUACAGGAACUUGGAUAUAAGGGAGAGAUUGGAUAUCAGACAUUUUUAUACUCGAAUGAAUCUGAGAUUAGAAAGGUGUUUAUGUUUCUGGUGGACAAGCUGCCUAAAGACACGGCCGAGACAGCAGAGGAACCUAUGGGGUCCUCUGCUCUGCUACAGAGAGCUAUUGCUUCCACCGUAUUAAGACAGAUUAAUUCACCGUGGAUUUCUCCUAAUCUCAAACAAGAUUCCAUCACAUGGAGAGGCAGGCCUCCUACAUGGCAAAGAGAGGGGUCAUGUGCAAUGUGUAGUUACCAUGCCUGUAAACUUAAGUAUCCCAGUGGUACAGGAGAUCUUACCAAAAAAGUGCCAAAAGAACUAAAGUCGUAUUAUUGUGAAUGUCUUCCGUACUUAACAAACCAAACAAUAAACCACAAAGACACAGGACCUUCAAUUCUGGAGGAGAUGGCCAGUGAAAUAUCUGAACAAAUGGAGUGGGAGACUGAAUGGAAUACACAAGGCUUAGCUUCUAGACUCUCUGUACAGGACUACAGAGCCAGGAAGAGACAGCGGAUACAGAAGAGACUGGCAGAAACACUGCGCCAGGACUUCAAGAGAAGCCAGGAAGCCUCGGCCUCGCGGACAGCUCAGGACCUACAGCAGAUACUGGACAAGAUGGGAAGUCGAGCCUCCACCGCCAAAACCAAGGGGUCAAGGUUCACUCACACAGAACAGCUGGUGUUUGCCAAGGAUGAAGCCUUAUCACAGAUUGGAACAGAGGCAGAGAAACCUCAUACAGAGGAGGAACUCCAAAAACAGCGGGAAGAGGAGCUGCUAGGUUUAAAACAAGACCUUGAGAGCGUUAACUCACGAUUUGAUCAGUUAGAUUUAGAAGUCAAGAAAUAUAAUGCUGGUGUAAAACAGAUGGAAGAGGAGAUAACCACGCAGACCAGACAGAACGCGGAGAAGGAGGAGAGUUAUAAAGUCAAGAAAAGAACCCUGGAUCUCUUACCAGAGGCAGAAACUAAUAUUGCCAAGCUACAGGCUAUCAUAGAUUCCAGUGCCCAGAAAUUAGUGACAUUAGCCAACCAAUGGGAGAAACACAGAGUGCCUCUUAUAGAACAGUUCAGGGAACUCAAGCAACUCAACUCACUAAAGGAGUCAGAGGCGGAGAAGAAACUGGAAGAGAUUAAAGCAUUUAGACAGAAGAUGAAGGAGGUGGCAGAUGAUGCAAGAAACAAAGAGGAAAUGCUUAAACACUUGCAUGCUGAGUAUAGCAGUAUGACAAAGGAUGAGAAGCGAUCUGGUUACACCAAGAGGAUGAUGGAGAUCAUGUCCAGCAUAAAGAAACAGAGAGAUGAAAUUGACAAGGUGCUAAUUGAUACAAGAUCAAUACAAAAGGAAAUCAACAACCUGGAGGGGAAGCUGGGCAGAACAUUUACAGUGACAGAUGAACUCAUAUUUAAAGAUGCCAAGAGAGAUGAAUCGGUGAAGAAGGCUUACAGACAUCUGGCAGCAUUACACGAGAACUGUGAACAGCUGGUGAAGACGGUGACAGAUACGGGGGUCAUUAUGAGGGAAAUCCGAGAGCUGGAGGACCAGAUUAUGUAUGAAAGCAAAAACAAAGUAUUAUCAAACCUGGAGAAGAUUACAAAGGACUACCAGCAAAUGAAGAAAGAGAACCAGUCAAUGAUAGAGAAGAUUAAACACAAGUCCUGAUAUCGACCCCGGGAUAGUCAACCCCUGGAUCCACCUCGUUAGAUCAUCCACCGGCUAUAAAUACACUUCCAAGGCAUUCUACAUAAUGUAUUUAUUAUCACUUUAUAUUAUAUUCCACAUCUCUGUGAUAUAACUGUUGUCAGAAUAUUACAGACUGAUACACUAUGAAAGGUAUUCCCCCAAAACCAAAAACUCAGAAACUUUUACAGUGUAUUUUUUUCAAGUGCUGUUCAGAAAUCUUUAUUUGAUAUUGCUGUGAUUACUCAGCGCAAGUCCUAGAACAUACACAGUGUUUCUUUUUAUAGCAAAGCCCUCUGCUUUUACCAUUCUUCUAUAUAUAACACAGGUGAAACUUAAUUGAUGAUUAAACUUGUGCAUUUUUUAGACACAAUUUGUGGGUUAUAUAACUAAUGUAACUUGUUUUUCAAAGAGCCAGUCUAUUGAAUACAUGUACCUUUUACAGGUUAUAAUUUUAUAAUACAUGUAGCAGUACAUACAUGUACAUUUGUAUGAAUUGUUUCAUUUUUGGAGAGAAAUUUAAAUAUCAUACAU